GGGGCGACGUGCAGGGGAACAUUUGUUCGGGACGGGAAGCUGUGCCGUUAUGUCUGUACGGCGUAACACUUUGUACUAGUCGUUAAAUCGGAUUUAAAGUCGAGCAGAGGAUUUUUGUUUGUAACCGUAUCGGUCUACUUACAGCUUAAGGUAGCAUUUUCUUGAUCGCACGUCGCAGCUGUGAAGUAAAGUAAAGAAGUGGGAGCGUUUUCGCGUGGAAGGACGAGGAGUCUGUGGAUUCGCCUGUGGAUCACUCGGUCUGGGUAGCAUUCUGAAGAUCACAGCUGCACGCCAUUUACUGAUGGGUACAUACUGUGGGGCAACUCGCCAAGACAGCCGUGAAUUAUUCAGAACCUACAGGAACUGUGAAAGAAUGGAGACAUAAAACUGGUGAUUGUAGCUUUGUUGUAACUUUGCUGCUUGAAGCUCACCUUCAAACGAACAACGUAGACACAAAGUGAUCAGUAUGAGUGCCGAAGGAUAUCAGUACAGAGCGCUUUAUGAAUAUAAAAAGGAGAGGGAGGAGGACAUCGAUCUGCAUGUGGGGGAUACACUGUUGGUAAGCAAAGGAACCUUGGUUGCUCUCGGGUACACUGAUGGACUGGAACAGCGGCCAGACGAGAUUGGCUGGCUACCAGGCUUUAAUGAAACCACUCAGGAAAAAGGGGACUUCCCUGGGACAUAUGUCGAGUACGUCGGGAAGAAGUGGAUCUCUCCGCCGACACCCAAGCCACGGCCCCUCAGACCCUUACCUGUAGCUCCAGGCUCCUUCAAGGCAGAGGCAGACUCCGACUCAGAGCAAGGUUUCUGUCUGCUAGACCUGACGGAGCAGUUUUCCCUUCCAGAGACCGCUCCACCAAUGCUAGCCAGGCUCCUGGAAGCUAUCGAGAAGAAAGGUCUUGAUAACCCCACUUUAUAUCGAACAUUUACUGCGGGAGCCGGACUUGAAGUCAGACAGUAUUUUGAUAGUGAUCCUCCUUCAUCAGAACUUGAUCAGUUGGAACUUCCAGUCCUUUGUGAUGGUCUGCGUAGGUACCUGCAGGAUCUUCCCCAGCCCAUCAUCCACACUGCAAUCUAUGCUCAGAUGGUCCACACUGCUAAAGAGGUGGUGAAUCCUGAGGAAUGUGCCCAGCUGCUGCGCCGCAUUGCCAGCACCCCGAGCCUGCCUCCCCAAUACUGGCUAACUCUCCAUUGUCUGCUAAGGCAUUUCGCUAGAGUGUGUCAAAACGGCUCCAAGAACCUGCUCAGUGCCAGAUCGCUGGGCGAGAUCUUCAGCCCUGUGUUCUUCAGACAGCAGGCUACCAGCUGUGAACCCAGUCUGGAUGCUUACAUCAAGAUCAUCGAGGUUCUGGUGACCAGUGAGUGGAGCGAAAGUCAGGCUGCUCCGGCUCUACCUCCAAAGCCGCCCAAGCCCACGUCUGUGAUUAACAACGGUAUGAACAACAACAUGGCUCUGCAAGACGCUGAAUGGUACUGGGGAGACAUCUCAAGGGAGGAGGUGAAUGAGAAGCUGAGGGACACCGCAGAUGGUACGUUUUUGGUGCGAGACGCCUCAACAAAAAUGCACGGCGACUACACUCUGACUCUGAGGAAAGGAGGAAACAAUAAGCUUAUUAAGAUAUUCCAUCGGGAUGGGAAGUAUGGCUUCUCAGACCCACUGACCUUCAGCUCCGUCGUUGAGCUCAUCAACCACUAUCGCAAUGAGUCACUGGCUCAGUAUAACCCUAAGCUCGACGUCAAGCUGCUGUAUCCCGUUUCCAAACACCAGCAGGAUCAGGUCGUAAAAGAAGACAACAUUGAAGCUGUGGGGAGGAAGCUCUGUGAGUACCACCAGCAGUACCAAGAGAAGAACAAAGAGUACGACCGUCUUUAUGAAGAGUACACCAGAACGUCACAAGAAAUCCAAAUGAAAAGGACAGCGAUUGAGGCUUUCAAUGAAACUAUAAAGAUAUUUGAGGAGCAGUGUCAAACACAAGAGCGGUACAGCAAGGAAUAUAUUGAGAAAUUCAGGAGAGAAGGCAACGAGAAAGAGAUCCAGAGGAUCAUGGGAAACUACGAGAAGCUGAAAUCUAGGAUUAGUGAGAUAGUAGACAGCAAACGCCGACUGGAAGAAGAUCUGAAGAAACAGGCAGCGGACUACAGAGAGAUCGACAAGCGGAUGAACAGCAUCAAGCCUGACCUCAUCCAACUCCGCAAGACCAGAGACCAGUAUCUAAUGUGGUUGACCCAGAAGGGAGUCAGACAGAAGAAACUCAACGAGUGGCUGGGAAUCAAGAACGAGAACACAGAAGAUCAAUACUCUAUGGUGGAUGAUGAUGAAGACCUUCCUCAUCAUGACGAACGAAGCUGGAAACUGGGUAACAUCAACAGACUACAGGCCGAGGCUCUGCUCCAGGGCAAGAGAGACGGAACAUUCCUGGUUCGAGACAGCAGCAAAGCAGGCUGCUACGCCUGCAGUGUUGUCGUGGAUGGCGAGGUGAAGCACUGCGUCAUCAACAAGACCCCCUCAGGUUAUGGCUUCGCCGAGCCGUAUAACCUGUACAGCUCAUUAAAAGAACUCGUACUUCACUACCAGCACACGUCUUUGGUCCAGCACAAUGACUCUCUGAAUGUGAAGCUAGCAUACCCAGUCUAUGCUCAGCAGAGACGGUGAGGACCCGGACAUAUCCACGUGGACACAAAGAUUUCUAAGGCCUCACGGGAGUGGGAGACCUGUACUCCGUGAUAGAAACGAGGCUCUGAUGCCUAACUCGGACUUGAAAUCGGAGGAAGAGACACAAUAAAGCCUGAAACAUUUCAGUGACUUUGCUUGACCACAAGCCUGAGGCGAGUCUGAAUGUAGAUCUAUUUCUCUUUUGCUUUUUGUGGGAGCACAGAAUCAAGCGGGAAACUGCUGAACUCCCCUCUCGGAGGACAUUUGAGGCCUUUUCCUUAUGGUGCUUGUUCUUUUUCGAAGCUUUACCAGCUGGAAUGUCUAAUCGCAGCAGAUAAACUCUUGAAAUGGAACUGUAACUCACCGGCCACAACUUUUGUUGUUGUUUUUUUUUCCACUUUUGUUUUUUCCUUUCACGUCAUCUGUACGUGUGUGUGCGCGCGCGUGUGUGUGUGUUACUUCUAUGUGGCUGUGACUGAGUGUGUGGCUGUCCAUGUGACCAAAACUCAUAGAAUCAGGAAACUGUGUGAUGUUGGGGGCUGUGUAACACAUUUGCUCGUGUUAACUGUUAAGUAGCAGACCAUGGAUCAGCUGAUAAAUGUAGCAAAAUGGCACUUUUUAAACAAAUUUUAAUUUUUUUUCCUCUUUUUAUUUUUUUUGGGAAAAACUCCUAUGGACUUUUAUCUGAAGAGCAGAGAAGACAAGACGUCUACAUCCUGCCUUCUCGCUGUUGAGCAUUAUUGUGCAGAAGUAAACUUGAUCUUAACUGUGGGCAGGUGAAACUAUGAAUGGACUUACUAUUUCAUGUACAUAUGUGAAAAUGUGCAAAGUCAUGAAUCAAAGUGCACCAUACCAAAAAGGAUCAGUUCCUGUUUAGUUGUAUUCUGAUCUGCUAUGCAAUUCUUUCUCCAUUAUUACUUCAGAAUUGUUCUAUUCUGUUGCAACCCACAAUAUAAGCUUCUUUUAUUGCUUGAAAAGUAUAUUUUCCUGUGUAAAUAUCCAAGAGGAUAUUUUGUGUCAAAAUGCCAAGAUACAGUUAAAAAAAAUGCUUAUGAUUUUUAAAGAUAAUAAUAGAAACAUACACUUUAUUAUAAAUUACUUUAACAACUGGUAUACAGAUGAAAAAGAUGAGUAUUUUAUUAGUCUUUUUUUUUUUGCUUCAAACUAAUUCUCAGGCAGAGCCUUUUGAGUAUUUGAGCUGCUUCAGUCACAAAGUACUAUGUGCGACAGAGCUACACGCAGGUCUUUGUUGGGAUGGACAAAGAAAGUGGAGCGCUCAGAGAGAACGGGGCUGAUAGGAUUGUACGACCCGUUAUCAACCAUCACCGCGGAAACAACAGUAUAGAUUUAUUUUGUUAUAAAAUAUAUAUGUUCCCAUAUGAGAAUAUAUCAAAGCAGACUGGUGUUUUCAACCGAUGGAUAUUGUUAUUAAAGAUCAAUAUACAUUGUACACUUAGUAUUUUUCUGUAUCAGAAAAUCACACUGUGUUUACAUGGGUGGAUCGGCUCAUUUCAGAUAGUCAGUAAUUUCAUAUUUCAAAGGACAACACGUGCCAGUGGAUUCCUAAGCCACAGCGCGACUACGAUACGUGUUCUUUCCCCAUCUUUAGCUUUUACAAGUCCAUGAUUGGAGUUAUUGGUACAUGUGUAAACCCAGUGGACUGGUAAUAAUUUAAAUGACUAUUAGCAUUUGAGCAUGUCAAAACCACCAGGACUACCAAUAUGAUGUCUAAACGAUGUGGAGAAAAUUCCAAAUUAGAUCGCUCACAUGACGAAAUGUCUCCCAGUAAUCAUAUUUUCCAACCCUUAGCCUCAACAUGCACGCAUGGUCAUCACAGCUGUCAAGAUAAACUGUUUAAUAUUUCUGUGUGUAACAAAUUAAUUGUAAAAACACUAACAAAGUGUAAUUUUGAUUAUUGUUUCCAUUUUCAUUGGCAUGUCAAAUCUGAUUCUUAAUUGUCUUUGGCACAACUUGUAUUCUUGGAAAAGGUGUGUGAACAGACAGUCACCGGAGAAAAUGUUUUAAUUUCUUUCUUAUGAUUUGCAGUUCCACAAAGCAGAACUGCUGCAACAAACUGCGGUACACACAGCUGAGUUUAAAGUGUAACAUGUUUUAGAUGUGUUUGACCAAACUGCUCAUCCAAGUUUUACUUUUUAGCAAACUGAUAGGAACUGUCAUUUAUUGUAGGUUUUAUGGGUUCUUUCAAAGCUGUUAAUGGUGUCAUGGAUACAGCAUCUGUCAUAUUUGACAUUUAUUUUAUUAGAUUUUAUUUACUGCCGCAACAGCUGCUGGCAUGAUUUUUUGUUUGUUUGUUUCUUAUCGUCAAAGAUAUUUUCUUUUUUAUAUAUAUAUAGUUCUUGGACAACAUGCACCAUUAUUUCUUUGCCCCGACUCUGGGUUGUAUGAUUACUUUAGGUGUCCUUUUUUAUUUGAAGCUCCCCUCUUUUGUUGGUGUCCCUAACAUGAUGAUUGGAUUGAGAUUUGCCAGUGUUCCCCAGUUUUGCUUCAAAUCUUGGGCUUUGUUAAAAACGAAAUAAAACACUUCUUUUUAAGAAA